AUGGCGAAGUGGGCGCUGGCUCUCAAGGCCGUUGCCGCCGCCUGUCUGUUGGGUGCUCCCGGAGCCUCCGCCUGGACUCAGCAGGAGCUCAAUGCGUCGCGCCGGCCGGCUCCCGCAGUUGCGGGCCCUGUCGUUCCUGGCAGAUUCAUUGUCGAGCUGGAGCCUGGAACUCAAAGUCGCCAGCGUGAUCUCGCCGCGCGGGCCACCACUCUUCUCGGCGAUAUGAAGUCCAAGGGCAUGGACGCCGAGGUCAAGACCGACUACUCUGCUGUGUCAGGCCGCUUCCAGGGUGUCUCUGUUGAGAUUACCAACAACAAGAACGCCAGCAUUGACGACAUCAAGGCGAUUCCUGGCGUGGCUGAUGUCUGGCCUGUCUAUUCCAUUGCCCUGGAUGACACUGUUAACACCGCGGACCCGAGCCCUAAGUGGAACCCACACAUCAGCACCAGGGUCGAUGAACUUCACAAGCGUGGCCUUACUGGCCGGGGCCAGCGGGUUUGUGUGGUGGACAGUGGUGUAGAUGCCUCCCAUCCCGCAUUGACUGGCAAGGUCACUGGCGGCAAGAACUUGAUUGAUGACACCAGAAACUUCGAGGACUGCCUCGGCCACGGCACCUUCGUCUCUUCUGUUAUUGCCGGGUCCACGAAGGACCUCACCGGCGUGGCUCCGGGAGCGGAGAUAUUCAUGUACAAGGUCUUUGGUUGCGAGAAUAAGGUGUCAAAUGACCUCGUCCUGAAGGGUCUGCUCUCCGCUGAUGCUGAUGCCUGCGACAUCAUCUCCAUGUCGCUCGGCAGUGACAUCGGGUACUCAGGAUCCAUUCUUUCCCGCAUGGCCAGUCAGAUUGCCAAGGACCGAUUGGUCAUCAUCGCAGCCGGCAACAAAGGCGAGAUUGGCCCUUUCUACGCCAGCUCGCCGGCUUCUGGCAGAGGUGUCGUCUCUGUCGCCUCCACGGAUGCCAGGCAGAUGCUCGGCUGGCCUGCGACCAUUGUCUCGUCCAGCGGAGAGACCUUUAACCUCUCUUAUGUCACUCCUGAUGGGUCAAAGCUGAACGAGUCUGUCACUGCACCCAUCACACUUGAUCCAGGCGACUCGUGCAACCCCGAGAAGUAUGGCAGGGAGAAUCAAGCCGUCCUUGUCCAGCGCGGCAUCUGUUUCAUUGGAAAAUCUUACAACUUCCUCACCAGCUCUGGCUUUGGUUACUACCUCAUCUUCGACACGUACAACCAGGGAGUCGGCUAUAUGAGCGACGUUGUGAACUGGAACCCAUCGGUCCAUCUUUUCGCUCUCACUGGUGCCCCAGUUGGAGCCUGGGUCAAAAAGCAAGUGGCUGCCCAGUACAACCUCACGCUCCAGAUUGAGAUCGAUGCCAACACCGCAGCCUUUGCUUCUGACCAGCCCAGUGCAGGUCAGAUGUCCUAUUUCUCAUCCUGGGGACCCAGUUUUGAGAAUGACUUCAGCCCUUCUGUCGCUGCUCCAGGUGGUCUCGUCUACGGUGCUUACCCGAACAACAAGUUUGCUGUCGGUUCCGGUACCUCCUUCUCGACGCCAUAUGUUGCUGGUGUGGCUGCCCUGUUCUACGCGCACGUCAAGAAAGAUUUCGCCGAGUUUUCUCGUCGCCUCUCGUCCACUGCUGCUCUGCUCCCUGCUUACAGCGCAGCUCAGAAACAGGUCCUCGGCAACGUCGCGCCUCUUGCACAGCAGGGUGCUGGCCUCAUAGAUGCUGUCAAAGUACUUGAUUACCGGACGGUCAUCACUUCCGACCGUCAGAUCUCGCUCAACGAUACGGACAACCGCGUGAAUACGCACACCAUCCGACUGCAAAACACUGGUGACAAGGCUGUAACGUACAAGAUCUCUCAUUUGCCUGCUGCCACCGUCCAGUCUCGCGACAAGAGUUUAUAUCCUUACGUUUACUACCCGCCUCUUCUAUCUGGCGUUGAAGGAUCCAUCGUAGCACCAGAAAGCAUAACCAUUGCCGCAGGGUCGACCCAGGAUGUUGUUGUCACUUUCAACUCUCCCGCAAACUCUGACGGUAACAGCGGCGCUGUAUGGAGCGGAAAGGUUGUCUUCCGGGGCGACAACGAUGAGGCUGUCUCUGUUCCCUACAUGGGCGUACAAGUCUCCACGUACAAUUGGACCCCUCUUGAAGGCGCCCCUCUUGCUUUCCGCUACGACACCAGGGACGGGUACCUGUAUCCCGUUGAUUGGCAGAGCAGGCCGUAUAAGCCAGCCGAGUACGAUUCCCCUGAGAUCUACUUCGCCCUGCGGUAUGGAACAUAUGAGUUCUCCUUGGACUUGGUCGGGCAGGAUUACACCACUGCCGACUUCUCCUACCCCCUCAAGGCUGGCCCAGAGUCAAACCAGUGGCGCGGACCACUCCGGACGCAGCCAGACGUCUGGGGAUCCUUCGUCGACUUCCCGUCCAAGUUCGCUCUGCGCUUCAACAAUGUUGGCUUCAACAAGUUUCAGAGCUUUGCCAACGGUACAAAGAUCCCAUCUGGCCGCUACAGGAUCCUGAGCCGUGCUCUCCGGAUGUUUGGCGACGCAACCAACCCCAAGGACUGGCAGCUUUUCCUCUCGGAUCCUUUCUCCAUUCAACUAGGAAACGACCCCAUUCCCGGGCUCAGCACCUCGUCCAGCGCAUCGUCCACAGCCUCUCCAACCUCGACGGGUGGCACAACGACCGUGCCGACCACCACUAGCGCAACGACAACCACGACCAUAAGCUCUGCCAGCGCAACAACUACCUCAGUACCCGGCAUCACCACCACGCUGACGGCCGUGAGCCAGCCCACCGGUCUAGCCAACGCCUUCGUCGACCUCUCGCUCUAUCGCAAGGGCACUCAGCAGUCGCCCGACCUCUUCGACACAAAUAGCUGGCUCGAGAUCCAUGUGCAGAUCUCCAUCCCGACGCGCCUGUACGAGGGCACCACCGUCUCGUUCGCCCUGCCGCGCGCCCUCGUCGAUGUCGCCCAGUCCAGCUACGUCAUGUCGCCAGGCAGCAUGGUUGGCACGGCGGUCUUCGACAAGAACAGCAGUCUUUACACCGUGACCUUCAACGACUGGGCCACCUGGCACAAGAACAUCGUCGGCGACUUCUACAUCGCCGCGCGCCUGGACCCGGCGUUCCAGAAGGAGAUGGUCGCCGGCACGUACGUGGUCGAGAUGGCGACCGUGGGCAAGACUUUCUACCAGCCCAUCUACUACCGCGCCAUUGACCGCUCGCGUGUGUACGAGUAUGCGCGCGAGGUGCCUUCGAACGAUGGGAACAAGCUCUUCGCCUUCAAUGUCGAGGUUCCGGGCUCUAUUGGGCCCUGGAAGUCUGUGACGUUCGCUUCUAGCCAGACCAGCGGUGAUGAUGGCUUCCGCUGCGAUCAGACGCGCGUCAACCUCGGCACCAGCUUCGACGCGAGCAACCGCAUCGUGGAGUCGACGGAUGUCACAAACCAGACGGUCAAGCGGUGCGAGGUCAAGGCCUUCCGGGCUGUCUACGACGGCGCCAUUCCCAAAGAAGAGGUCCUGCAGUUCAACAUGAUCAACAUGUUGGGCAUGAGGGGUUACAAGUCGAUAUCUAUGCCUUAUAGCCUUGCCGUCGAGCUGCAAAACGGAACCGCGAUUGGCUUUAAUCUGAGGACGAUGAACUACGAUAUGCUGAGCAGGAGUCGCCCGGACAACUGGUUCAACGGGGUCGUGGAUCAGAGUGGCCCUAUUGGCGGCGGUACUACAACUUCAAGCUCGAUGUCUUCCACGGCUACGUCCACUUCCAGUUCCACGUCGACGUCGGAGACCUCGACCUCUGUGACUAUCACGUCGGCUACAUCGACUGGGCUCGGUAAUUCUACAACAUCCAGCUUUACUUCCACUGUGACAUCGGUGACAAGCACAUCUGCCAACUCUACAUCCGUCCCCACCACAGCGCCAGUCUCAUCAUCGUCAGCCUCGUCGUCGUCAGCCUCUUCGUCGUCAAUCUCGUCAUCCUCCACCGAGACCACUACAGCACAAUCGACCGCUUCGUCGUCAUCGUCUAGCUCGACUGUGAUCUCCACGACAGGUGGCAAUGCCACGAGCACGGCCUCAUCGACCAGCACAUCUGCCUCAAGCUCUACAAUGUCCAGCUCGAGCAGCACCUUGUCGAGCUCGAGCAGUGCCUCUGGCUCCAGUACUGUAUCAACCUCCGGCACGGCGUCGAGCUCAAGCAUUUCAUCCAGCGCAAGCACUGCGUCCAGUUCAAGCACUGGAUCAAGCUCAAGCGCUCCCAUCUCAAGCCCCACAAGCCAGCCCCCAAGCUCUUCGAGCCGACCGCAGACAACAUCGCCAACUACAAGCCCCACUGCGUCAUCGUCAGCUGGACACACAUCCUCAAGCACCGUCCCCUCCAGCUCUAGCAGCAUUUCCUCGACUCGAACCACCGGCUCAUCAGGCUCAUCGACCACCAAGGGCCCAUCAUCAAUCUCUUCGUCGCAACCACCCCACCAGACAUCGGCAUCCACGAAAUCCAUCACCAGCAUUGUAACUGUCAUCACGACGGUCUGCACCGACCCCUCCUGGACCUCUCCCGUGACAGUGACCUACACCGUGCCCUGCGCCACGGAACCAAACGCCCCCAUCACGACCGUGACCUCGGUCUGCACCGUCUGCGCGAGCCACCCCGUCACCCUGACGUACACGCAGCCCGUGGUGAAGCCGGCGCUGCCGAGCGAGGGCACCCGCGGCCCGGCGGUCGUGACGUACGGCUCGCGCACGAUCGAUCUGGGAGGCGCGUCACAGGCGCCGGCUCAGCCCUCCGUCGUGACGAUCCCCACUGUCGGCAACGGCGGAGGGCGACCGAGCGGCGAUAAGAGUGCCAGUGCGCCGCAGCCGUCCAAGGCUUCGACUCCACCUGUCGGCGGCGGCAGUGGCGCCGGACAGACGAGCGGAGGCGCUGCGCCGCCUGCUGGAUCGUCUGCGCGGACUUCGGCUCCGGCCGGCUCGUCGCCGAGUACACCCCCCGUGGCUGCGGCUGCAUCUCGCGCUAGCAUGGGUGUCUUUGCGUCGACGUUCCUUGGCUUUGUGAUUGCUGCUCUUCUUUGA